AUGGAAGACCAGGCUAUGGAGUGGGAGAACCGGGGAUAUGAAGGAAACAGUGGAAAGAUGUUGAUUACUGGUUUUGUCUUAUCUUCUGCACCAGUGGUUCUUCCACCUCUUGUUGUUAUCUCAGCACUUGGGUUUGCUUGUUCAGUCCCCUAUGGACUUUUCUUAGCAACCUAUGCUUGCACUGAGAAGAUCAUGAAUAAAUUACUUCUAAGUCCCAGAAAUCCUAUUAUCGUGGAAGAUGGUCUGGAAAAAUAUGGAGGAGAAGAUGGAAAGUUUGGGGGAAAUAAUGAUAUGGAAGAAGAGGAAACAGAGCUAAAAAGAAUGGCUGACAUGAGGUUUGUGCCGGAUGAGAAGGGAAAUGAGGAUGAAGUGAAUGUUUUGAAGGGUUACAUUUAUGCUCAAAAGGGAAUUGAGGAGGAUGAGAAAGAGUUCUUGAAUAAUAAGGAUGAAACUGUGGAGAAGAAUGGAUGUGAUGUAGAUGUCAAUGAGGAUGAAUAA